AUGGCCGCGCUCGACAUCGUCUUCCUCCUGGACAAGUCCUACUCGAUGAGCGCGAAGACUCCGGACGGCAAGUCGCGCGCACUGCACCUCGCCGCGUGCAUGGCGGACAUCGCGACGCACAUCCGCAAGUGCAAGGUCAAGGUGUCGCUGUGCAUCUACCAGUUCAACAGCGGGCUGGAGCUGCUGCUGCCGGCGACCAACAAGGAGCAGCUGGGCGACAAGCGCGUCCAGGAGCUCGGGGAGCGGUUCACGUGCGUCGAGGGGGGCACUGCGCUGUACGACUCCGCCAUCGAGGUGCUGGCGAAGAUGCGGCGGUACAAGACCGCGGAGAAGACGAAGCGCUGCCUGGUGAUGCUGACGGACGGCGAGGACGUGCACUCGAAAAAGCAGGCCUCGGACUUCGUCGCGGCGCUGAGGAAGCCCGGCAUCCAGAUCAACUUCAUCAACGUCUUCGGCAGGCGCCCGGACUACGCGGACGAGAUCGAGAAGAUCCGGCACGUGCACGUGUCGUCCUCCGAGGACUACUCCGGGUUCAUCAGGGCGCUCCAGAAGCUCAAGGAGUACGUCCAGAAGACGACGAAGGAGCUGGAGAUGAUGGAGACAGUGACGGUGGAGCGCCAGAUCCGCGACCCCAAGACGGGGAAGGUGUCGGUGAUCAAGGACACGGUCAUCCGCGAGGUCAAGGGCACCGAGGACCAGCUCGCCAGGCUGCAGCUGGGCUGGGCGGGGCAGGCGGCCAUCGCGGGCGGGGCUGGCGGCGGCGGCGCGCGGCCUGCGCUGCCGGCGCCGGGCGGGGGUGGCGCGGGCAAGCUGAAGAAGCUGUGCCGCAGCAUCCAGAACGGCGCAAAGUGCACGUACGGCGACAAGUGCCACUUCGCGCACAAGGCGUGCAGGUUCGGCCAGCAGUGCAACCGCGGCAGCGCGUGCACGUUCGGCCACUGA